AGUCCAACAAACAUGGCUCGUGAGCUAAACCCAUUGUUUUCUGUCCUCACGGUUCUAGGGUUCAUCCUGGUUCGAAUACUUGUGGUUGUCGGUCAACCACAAGUCCCAUGUUACUUCAUAUUUGGUGAUUCAUUGGUCGACAAUGGCAACAACAAUGAACUUAGAACAACAGCUAAAGCCAACUAUCCACCUUACGGGGUUGAUUUUCCAGAAGGUGUUAGCGGUAGAUUCACAAAUGGUCGAACAUAUGCUGACAUCAUCGGUCAACGUUUAGGUUUUGCCGAUUUCAUUCCACCUUAUGCCAACGUAACUGACCAAGAGAUCGACAUAGGAGUAAACUACGGCAGUGGUAGUGCUGGUAUUCGAGAUGAAUCUGGAAGGAAUUUGGGUGAUAGGAUCAGCUUGAAUAGGCAACUACUUAAUCACGUAAAUAUAAUUUCACGCCUUUUACUCAAGCAAAGGAACGUGACAUUUACCAAUGAUUAUUUAAGAAAAUGCAUUUACAUAGUAAAUAUGGGAAGCAACGACUACAUCAACAACUACUUGAUGCCUAACGAUUACCCCACGAGCCGAAUAUAUAACAUUGAUCAAUAUGCAGAAGUCCUUGUACGACAAUACUCUCUACAACUAAAGACUCUAUACAAAUUGGGGGCUAGGAAGGUUGCCGUGAUUGGUUUGGGUCUGAUAGGGUGCACCCCAGCUGAGAUAGCAAAUUUUGGCACCGACGGAAAACCAUGCGUUGACUCCAUCAAUGAUGCGGUUAAGCGAUUUAAUGACAGACUGAAGCCUCUUGUUGAUGGGCUGAACAACGAUAACUCUGAUGCAAGAUUCACUUACAUCAACAUUACAAGCAUUUCAACACCACAAGAAGGUGUAUCAUUACCAAAUGUUCCUUGUUGUCCAGUAAGGGAAGACGGACAAUGUGUUCCAAACUCAACACCUUGCCCGGUUCGGGAUUUAUCUGUUUUCUUUGAUGGUUAUCACCCUACGGAAAUUGCAAACAUAGGCCUUGCGACAAGAUCAUACAAUGCACUCUCUCCCAUGGAUGCAUCUCCAUACGAUAUUAAUCGUUUGGCUCAACUUUAACCAUUGAACAAGAUUGACUGAUAUGAAUAAUUGUUCUGCAAUUAUAUUGUAUGCAUGAGAAA